GAUAUCUCGUACUCUUUUGUGCAUUGUAGUUAUUUGUAUAAAUUUUACUAAAGAAAGUUGCGCAAAUGAAGAUAACAGAACUGUAAAUUUGCCGAGUGAUGAUCAAAUGAAUAACCUAAGCAUCUUUGCAGAAAACAUUAUCCACGUCAUUUCCAACUUUGAAGAACACACACUGGAGGAUAUAGAGUCGAAGUUGUCAAACACGAGCGGAAAUCUCGUCAAAGUGGAAAUCAAGUGCCAAGGAAAUUCUUCCCUUUUCCUUCCUAUUCCAAUCAUUUCAUCGAAAUUUCAAGAUCUUCGAGUCUGCGGUUGUUUAGUUAAAGGCACAGACCAAUACAGAAAUUUCUCUGGAGCACCAGAUAACGUCCUACGUCAUCUAGUAUUUAGUGACGUUAUAUUCGAAUUAAGUGAGUAUAACGAGUAUUUGCAAAUCGUGAACUGGGAGCAGAACAAACAUUUGUUUCAAUACGGAUGGUCUAUAGUGUCAGCCUCUUUGAUGACCUUCAGGGAAACAAAUGUAUCCUAUGUAUAUAAAGAAUCUUUCCAGAUGGAUCAUCAGUACUUGGAUAAACUUCUCAAAUACAGAGAAUAUCUCAGGGUACAUAAAACAAACUAUAAUCUAAUUUAUCUGGAAAUUUCAAAUUCAAAGGAAAAAGGUGGUGCGACGAACAUGAAAUAUUAUUCCAUAAAUGAUUUUCUGGAAUCGGGGCGCUUUCCGUUCUUGCAAGUGAUGAAUUUUUCUGGCCUGGGGCUACAGCAUCUCCCUGAAGCAAUUAGAAAGGGAAACUGGUGGUGGGCCAAGUUUCCAUCUCUCAUUCACAUUGACUUUUCUUACAACCGAUUUGAACGAAUUCCCUUCAUCGUGGAGAGCUUUUCAUCAGAGACCAUAUCGGUGAACUUGAGAGACAAUGCCAUAUCUUUCUUUUCUGACAAAGAACUCCUGAGAGUGUAUCCACUAGAGAUUGACCUAACUAACAAUAAAUUUGAUUGCCACUGUUCUAAAUUUGUUGAUGAAAUGAUAACAGCAACGAAAACUUUUAACCUAAAAUUCAAAAAGUAUUAUCGUUACCUAGCAAAUGCUACUUGUUAUCAUCCUGUCGAAUUAAGAGGCAAGAAAAUAAGUAAUUUGAAUGUCUCCAAGCUAUGUUACGUGACUGAGACUCUAAAAUCAUACAGUGCCCUGUAUUUAAAUUUGAUAAUAAUGUUGUCGGUGGCUUUAUUCGUAUUUUUCCUCAUUGUCGUAAUUUCUAAAUAUCGAAAAGAAUUGCAUAUCCUUUCGUAUACCAGACUGCGCAUGAAAAUCUGCAAACCAGUUAUACAUGUAUCGGAGAGUUCUUUGAUGAAGGAGUACGACGCUUUUUUGUCUUAUAGUCAUCAAGACGCGGAAUGGGUGAAUCGGGUAUUAAUUCCAAAACUUACAGAAUCUCCAGCUAAACUUAAGCUCUGUCUUCACGAACGAGACUUCAAACUUGGAGGUUUUAUAUCCGAUAACAUAAUUGAAAGCAUCGACAAUAGCAGGCAUACGAUUAUGAUCAUAUCGGAAGCCUUUCUUGCCAGUAAAUGGUGUGGACUGGAAUUCAAGACAGCCUUUCAUCAGAAUUUAAUGGAGAAAAAUAGGCACCUGAUCGCAGUGUUGAUGGAUGGCACAGAUUUGAACAAACUUGAUAAUGACAUGAGGCGUUAUCUUGAAACACAUACAUUUUUAAAGCAAAACGAGCUUUUAUUUUGGGAUAAAUUAAUUUAUGCGCUAAGUGAGCUGGGUGGAAAUAAAGAGAUAGUGUAAUAAAUAAUUUCAAACAGACAUGCUAUGCACGAAGUUAUUGUUAUACACAAUGGCGAUCAAAAAUCAUGAUUUGUGUGAUGACAAGGAUUGAUGUAAAAUUAUUAAGUUUUUAUCGACUUCUUGACACGUGAACAAUUUUUGCUUUUAUUAAAAAUCACUCGGUUCAGUUAACGCCAAAAAACUGACGCUAUAAAUUCUCAUUAUGUCAGAAUUAUCGUCCAAGUUAGUAUAAUUUCUGUUUUUGUAUUUUUUUUUUUUAAAAAAUGUAUUCUAUAUAUUAUGAUAUGUAAAUUGUUCACCGUACAUUAUUCAAAUUGUUAUUAGUUUCAUGUUUAAGGAGUGAUCAAUAUUACAUAUAUAUAUGUAGAAAAAAAAUUGCUAUCGAGUAAAAAAAUAUUCACAUUGUGAAUUUUACAUAUGAUGUCUCAAUAUAUUUAUACAUUGU